AUGCCCGAGAAACCGACUUUCAUAACAAACCAAAAGCUGCCAUCCGACGUCCAGCUCGAGAUGUUCCGGCAGGACAAUCCGGAACCCAGCUUCAUCACAACCAGCGCCGGCGCUCCGGUCCAUCAGAAGAAAGCUGUGCUGACGGCUGGGCCAAGAGGGCCUAUGCUAAUGCAGGACUUUGUCUUCAUGAAUGAAAUGGCGCAUUUUGACAGGGAACGGAUUCCGGAAAGGAUUGCGCACGCCAAGGGUGGAGGUGCCCACGGAUUCCUCGAAAUCACGCACGACAUCACAAAAUAUUGCAAGGCUCAUUUCCUGGCGGAGCUCGGCAAGAAAACACCGUGUUUUAUUCGACUCUCUACUGUUGCCGGCGACCAGGGCUCAGCGGAUACGGUACGCGAUGUGAGGGGAUUUGCCCUGAAAGUGUACACCGAGGAGGGGAACUGGGAUAUGGUUGGAAUCAACACCCCAACCUUUUUCAUCCGCGAUGGAAUCUUCUUCCCCUCCUUCGUCCACAGCCAACAACGGAACCCAAAGACGCAUUUUAAGGACGUAAAUGCAAUGUUCGACUUUUACAGCCUGCGCCCGGAAUCGAUACACCAG